GUGUUAAAAUACGUUUCACACACUGAAUAUUGUUUAUUUGUUGCUCUAGCUGUGCACCUUGUUAGGCUGAAACUAGUUUUCUCAUCUUUAUGUUCAGCAUGAAGAAGAACGAGUUCAACAGUAAACAGAAGAGAACUGGUCAGUGCAGUGACUAGAGCGUGAACCCGACGGCGUUAGGACCCGGAGUCCACCACUGCCAGGAAGCUGGAGGCUGGGCCGGUCGGCGGCAAAGGAGGGAGGGCAGUGGGGGACCGCCAGCGGCGCGAGCUCCAGACACUGGCAGCGGCGGGCGCGAGCGAUGCGAGUGAACGGCUGAUAAAAGAGCAGACAAAACAGAAACACACCCUCGCCCGGUUCUCAUCUUGUUCCAGCGGCGUGAAGGGAGAACUCUCAGCUCGCCCAACAUGUCGGUGUCGGUGUCUCUGCAGGAAUACGAGUUCGAGAGGCAGUUCAACGAGGAAGAAGCCAUCCGAUGGAUGCAGGAGAACUGGAAGAAGUCCUUCCUGUACUCUGCUCUCUAUGCUGCCUGUAUUCUGGGGGGGCGUCAUGUCAUGAAACAAAGGGAGAAGUUUGAGUUGAGGAAACCACUGGUGCUAUGGUCUCUCACACUAGCUGUAUUCAGUAUAUUUGGUGCCAUUCGUACUGGGAGCUACAUGACUUUCAUCCUGAUGAGCAAAGGACUUAAACAGUCAGUUUGUGACCAGAGCUUCUACAACGGGCCAGUCAGCAAGUUCUGGGCGUAUGCUUUUGUUCUUAGUAAAGCGCCUGAACUGGGUGACACGCUCUUCAUCGUCUUGAGGAAACAGAAGCUGAUCUUCCUGCACUGGUACCACCACAUCACUGUGCUGCUCUACUCCUGGUACUCGUACAAAGACAUGGUGGCUGGAGGCGGGUGGUUCAUGACCAUGAACUACUUGGUCCAUGCCGUCAUGUACUCAUACUACGCCUUGCGGGCGGCCGGCUUCAAAGUGUCACGCAAGUUCGCCAUGUUCAUUACACUGACCCAGAUCACCCAGAUGCUGAUGGGCUGCGUGGUCAACUACCUGGUGUACUCGUGGAUGCAGCAGGGCCAAGAGUGUCCAUCCCACAUGGAGAACAUUGUGUGGUCCUCCCUCAUGUACCUCAGCUACUUUGUGCUCUUUGUCCAGUUUUUCUUUGAAGCCUACGUUGGCAAGUCCAAGUCAUCUGCUACGACUGUCAGCAAGAAAAGCAAUUAGAGGAAUGCCCAAGGUACAGGAAGGAGGGAGAUGGUUAAACAAAUUAUAAAAGGAAUUGGAAAUUUAGAGAGGGAGUGAGGGACUUGAGAAGUUUUAGGCUGGGGUGAGAAAAUUAUGACAAAGGGUUUUGAGCGGGUGGGUGGGAGGGUUGUUGUUCUUGUGCAUUACUCAUAAUGUGCAGAUUUAAGAAGCCCUCACUGAAGGUGAUGUCUCCCUCCAAGGAUUCCUGAGGAAGCAGCACCACCAUGUAGAAAAGCCAUCAUGAGUCGUGCUCCUGAAGUUUAAGUUUCCUUUUGGAAUUACGUUUAAAACCUCUUUUUUUAUUUAAAAGAUGAUGAAAUCAUAAUUGAUUACAAACGUCAGAAAAACCUUUAUUUAUUAUUGAGAUGAAAAAAUAAGGUACAUCUAAAGAUGGAUGGUGUCAGCACUAACACAAGUUUUGUCUGUCUGUUUUCAGUGUUUGUUAUAUAUUAGUUUGACCUGAACAAGAAAAGGUUUGAGCUGCCGGUGAACGAAUGAAGCUUUAGGAGUUGAUAUGAGCGGAUUGGGUGAGGGGGCACUGUGUUGUCAGUGUCUUAUAUUGCAAAUUGCAAUAACUUUCUCAGGUUUUUGGCUAUCUCUCUCUGAUUAUAAUAUGCAUAUCAAGAUGAAGUAGACAUGUUUAACAUCUGCUCCAGUUUACAGUAUGGCUGAACUGCUUCUAAAGCAGUUGGUGUAUUGAAAAUAUAAAGUGUGAGUGGCAGAAUGAAGCUGAUUGGACUGGCUGAUGUACAGAUGAGUGCACUGCACCUGGCCAUGGUUGGAAAUGGAUCCUGGCAGUGCCCUGCUUCACCACUUGUCGACCUUGCUGAAGUUGCCAACCACAAAUGGAAAAUGACCUGACGUUCUCCUUUGUGUUGAAGUGAAGAAAACCUGUCUGUUGGACACGUAAGUUUUAGAUGAAGUACAGACUUAUUUGUGUGUAGCAAAAAGGGAAAAAAACUAACAAAAAAAUAAAAUAAAAACAAAGCAUACUGUCUAAAUCUGCUGUAUUAAAACAUAGUAAUGUGUCCUGAUGGUGUCUGUUGUGCAGUUGCACUAUAUUAAUGUCAGAAAACAACUGUUGCUGAAAAAUGUAUGAACAAAGUGAACAUGUGACAUGCCUGUGAUCUGUUUUUUUUCCCCCCUGUCUACACCGUCCCGGGUUCAUUCACGCAUUCCUUGUCCAAUUAAACACAUUUGAAACCAAACUUGCAGUUUUUCUAGUAACUGUAGAAAGGCAAGUAUGUGAUUACUGCUUUAGAUAUUUCAGUAGCAGCAAUGAAAACCUUUCUUCGACAGUGGGGAUUUCACUUAAACACAAGUUUCUCAUUUCUCUCAAUUUAUUUCAACAAUCUUUUGUGUGCUUUGAAGAACUGUUUUGGUUUGUUAAAAUCAACAUUACAAACAUGGUUGUCAAAUCUCUUGGGGUUCUGGUCUAUCUUUUGCUAAAUCACCAAAUAUGAUUCAUCAAAUAUUUACUCAUCUAUCUUUGCAAAACAAUGUGAAAAUGACCUUACCAGAAAUUACAUGAAAGAAAUAAAACAUUAAUAAAAAUCAA